AUGUUUUCGGUCGUGCUACCAGGACGGCCGUGUCUCACAGAGGCCGUUCCUAUACAACCGGACCCGAAUACGCCUCCAACAAACUUUGCGUUCACGUUCCCAGCGGCACCCAAGUUCUCUCAUAUCGUUGUUUUCCUCUUACCGGGCGUCACUCUGCCUCCAGAUGCCGCCGCUGCAGUAUACAUACAGUUCCCGAACCAACCUUCCACCACGGCCCUGGGCAAUGGCCAGCAGCAACAGCCUGAAUUCCGCUUCCUCGGAGCCAUAGCCAACGAGAAGCCCUCAGCUAUCUUUAAAGUCAACAUUCCCGGUUCCCAGAGGCCGAUGACGGAGGCAGAGCAGGAAAACGAGAUGAUGGACGAAGGGUCUGCUAAUAUAAAUGCUGCUAACCCGAAUUCUACCAUCACAUUGGGGAUAUCAAUUGAGUCUACACAGGUCAUCCGUGAGAAGCUAGCUACAUUGCAGCAGCCACAGGUGCAGUCUUCGGGCAUGGAGCUUGUAAAGAGGACAGGUCAGUCCGCUGUGUCUACCAAAGUGCUAGCGCAGAGGAUUAUAGGGAAUGCGUUCAAUUUCCUUGCUAGCUUUGCUGCUUCGGAUCCUCGAGCACAGGGGGAAGAGGUCGUUCCGCUGAAGAGUUUCAGGGAUUGGUGGGCCAAAUUUGAGAGAAGGAUAGAGGCCGACCCAGGGUUUUUAGAAAGAGAAGGAAGUUGA